UUUAUCGCGUAGGACUGUUAAUGCAAAUUUUUAUUCUUUUGGUAGAGCCUAUUUGCAUCAUAAAAAAGUAAAACUUACCAUGGGGAAAAUCGUUUUGAGGGAAUCCAAUUGAGUUUCAGAAAUAAGCUUUGUGAACCUUUGUGGUUUAUGUUGGACUUCAAACUUUCAAGUUAUCACGGGGGCUAGAAAAUUCUUUCCUAAUUCAUGAUCUUUUUGCUAAAGUAGCUAGGAAUUUGUUGGUGAUUGAUAAGAACUUGAAGGUAAAACAAACUUUGAUGAAUAUUUUCUGCUGAUUUUGAAAGGUUAUGUAACAUGACUUUGAGGUGAUAUAUGAUUCCACAAAAAAUAAAUGAGAGUAUUUUCCCAGACUUCAGUAGCUGAACCCAUAUGUUGAUACUAUGUCAGUUAUAUGAGUGUAAAUAAUUAAAAAUGUUUCUGUUUGGGAUUUGAAUAUUUUUGUGAAAAAUUUACAUGAUUGAUAGUACUUCACUAUAGAAUUUAGCUAUCCAUAAUUGGGUUAGCAAUCUCUUAAUUGGUCACUUUGUUGAAUGUGCUGGCACAUCAACAGCUCUUCCUCUUUCUUUGAUCUCACUAGGGAUGCAGCCAUCUUUUUAUAUUAUUCAAGCUUCGGUUAAUAUUUUAUUAUUUUUCUUCCCCAUUCAGCAAUGGUCUAAAUUUAACCAAAAGGUGACAAAAAUGGAAGGAAACGAGAGGAUCUGAAUGGUGGAAUACUGGAGUUUUACAACGUUUGACUGUUUUUUUUAUCAUUAUUUAAUUGUUUAAUGAUUAUAAGGAUAAUGUUAUCUGUCUUAGGUCUUUUUCUUUAAAAACACUGAGUCUCUCUCUCUCUCUCUCUCUCUCUCCUUGUAGAUGGUAGGAUUUAUCCCCGAACCCACCAUUGAAGAAGAACAACAGCAUCUCAAUCAAGCAUCAAAGGUCAAAAGUUUUAACGACCCACUUGACCCUUUUCAUCCCAAGGUCAACGAUUUAGCUUUGGUUGAUUCUUUCCCCAGUUUUGAUUCUAUACAGCAUUGGUUUGACGAUAACCUGAACUUUGACAGUGUUAGAUUGAACAACUGUGAAUUCGGGGCUAUUGAGAGGGUUAUGGAGGUGGUUCAAGAAGAAUCUACUGAGAAAACCAGCGUUAAGAACCAGUUUCCUCUGGUAUCUGAGCCAACUUCUAAUAUGGCUGAGUUAGUUGGUUGCAGCUCAAAUUCAACUGGAUGUGUAUCUACGUGUCUGCUAAAAGUGAAUUCGGAGGAAGAGGCGCAUAAACAGGAGGGAGACUUCAGUUGUUGUAUUGAGGAAAAGAUGGAGAAGGUUAAGGCAGUAGAAGAAGCUUCUGGUGAAGAAACUCUUAUUAGGGACCAGCUUUUGCUGGUGGCUGAGCCAGUUGACAGGCCUGAGUUAGUUGUUGGCAGCUCUAAGCAAAAUGAACAUUUAUCUAGUUGUCUGAAAAUUGAGGACCAGGAGUGUCAUCAACCAGAGGGAACUAUUGUGGAAGAGAUGGGGAAGGUUAGUUUAGUUGGUGGGUCUCAGAAUUUUCCUGCUGAUGGGAAUUGUGUUCCAAAGAUUGAACCACAAAAUGAAGCUGACAGUGAAAGCAGUUCGGAGUCAGAGAGCGAAAGCUCAUCAUCUGGGUCCGAUUCUACUGAUAAUAGUAGUGAUGAUGAGGAAGAGGAGGAAGAUGCAAAGAAGCAGCAAGUGGAAGGGAAGAUGUAUUUGGAGAGAGAGGGAAAUGUGGCUGGUGAGAUUGAAGAAGGUGAGAUAAGGAAUGUUGAUGGGGAGGCGGGCAAUGGAACUAAUGAUGAUUCUGCUGAUGAUGAGAGUGAAGAAGACGAGAUCGACGACGAUGAUGAUGAUGACGAUGAUAAUGGAGACCAAAUGAUUAGUGCGAGUGAUAUUGAAUUUGGUGACAUUGGUGAUGAUGAUGUCAAUGAACAGAUAACAGGGCCCAUCAAGUCAAAGAAUGAGCUUCAGGAACUUCCUCCAGUUCCUCCAGUGGACGUUUUAUUGCAGCCCCAUCAUAAGACGAUGCCUGUCGGACUUGUUUUGUCGGUGCUAGGUGCCAAAGUUAUUGUAGAAGGAGUGGAGAAGCACAACCCUCUAAACGAGGGUUCUAUCCUAUGGAUAACAGAAAAUAGAACCCCGUUGGGACUGGUGGAUGAAAUAUUUGGACCUGUGAAGAAUCCUUACUAUGUGGUAAGGUACAAUUCAGAAAGUGAAGUUCCUGUUGAGAUCCACCAAGGCACUUUAAUCUCUUUUGUUCCAGAGUUUGCUGAUCAUGUUCUAAAUGAUAAGAAUCUUUACAAAAAAGGGUAUGAUGCAUCUGGCGAGAAUGAUGAAGAAUUGUCUGAUGAGGUGGAGUUUUCAGAUGAUGAGAAAGAGGCCGACUACAAGAGAAUGCAAAAAAUGACUAAGAGGGGGACCAGUGAUCAAAGGCCUGGGAACAGAAAAAAUGUUGGAAAGAAAGUUAAAAAUAGGGAUGGUGCAUGGAAAAACUGUAGACAUUCAGCUGAGCAAACACAAAAGGAAGCUGGACAACCACUACUACCACCACAAGACCACAUCCAACAGCAUCCCUCAUCUGCUACGCCAUCUUUGGAUCAUGGUGGCAAUUCAUCCUCUCUUUCCAUUUCCAGCAUGGGACAAAGCAUUUUAGGUGGAAGUGGCUUUGUUCCAUCCUUUCCGCACAUGCCUCAAGCUUCUGGGUUUGUAGGACAUGGAGUUUGGCCAAGUGGAAUGCUUUUUCAGCAGCCACAGAACAGCAUCUUUCCUCUACCUGGUGUUAUGCCAUGGCUGUCUCAAAAUCAACAACAGCAAAAUCUGUAUCCAAUGUCUAUGGCAAACACAAUGGGUAUUCCAAACCCAUUGUGUAUGCCUAACCCAAUGGGUAUUCCAAACCCAUUGUGUAUGCCUAACCCAAUGCCUAUGCCAAGCUUGAUGCCACUCCAGCAGCAAUUGGAUCCAAAUCAGAAUUCUCUUCCAAAUUUGGCUGUACCGAUUGGACAACCAAACCCUUUUCCGGGGCCAUCACCUGCAAUUUGGUCAGGGUUUGCAGGUCAAAAUAGCUUCAACCAAACAUCUGGGACUGGUGAGUUUUCCAAUCGUGGAAGGAAGCCAUUCCACCGAGGAGGUAGACAUUUUUCUGGCAGAAGAAACCGCGGCAGAAACUGAACUAAAA